AUGUUUACUGGGCAACCAAGGUUCGGAACCCUAGAGGGCAACGAGGCCCUGUACCCUGCCGUGCUUGCAGAGAUGUCGCGCGUGCUGCGCCCUGGCGGCCUGGCCGUCCUCUUAACCAGCCAGGAGAAUCGGGAGGUUCUGCAGGCAGCCCUGUCCACAAGCCCUUUGGGUGGGGCGUGGUCCGCGGUACACCGCCGAAGCUUCCGGCUCUUCGUGAAGACGGACGCCUGCAUCUACCUGCUGCGCCGCACCCCGGCGCCGCCGGCGCCGCCCGGAGAGGCCGUGGAAAGCACGGGUGCCGCCCUGGCGGAGCUCCAGAGGGCCAAGGGCUGGGGAAGCCGGGCCCAGAACGGCUAUCGCCUUGCGGGCGCGGCCGGCGCCUUCGCCUGGGAGGAUGGCUCCCCCUGGCACGAGCAGUGGGCGCGUGAGCGGCCGGCGCUGGUGCCUUUUGGCCGGAAAGGGGCACGGGCCCAGCCACGAAGCCAAGCAGCCAAAAGGGAGUAA